CUCUCUCGGAAAUGCAAGUGAUCGGCAUCGAGGAGGAGGUCGAGAAGAGAAUUUUCGAAUUUGUUUUAUUUCUUUGACUAAAAAAACGAGAAAAUGGCGAGCGUCUCGUACCACAUCGCCAAUCUUCUGGAGAAGAUGACCAGUACGGAUAAGGACUACAGGUUUAUGGCAACAAAUGAUCUAAUGACAGAACUCCAGAAAGAUUCCAUCAAGCUUGACGACGAUUCCGAGCGCAAAGUUGUGAGAAUGCUGCUGAGAUUACUGGAAGACAAAAAUGGAGAAGUACAGAACCUGGCAGUUAAAUGUUUGGGGCCUUUAGUGAACAAAGUGAAGGAGUUUCAUGUUUAUUCAAUUGUGGAGUCCCUUUGCGACCACAUGGUCAGUGACAGGGAACAGCUAAGGGACAUGUCUUCCCUCGCUCUCAAGACCGUGAUCAAUGAGUUGCCAGCUUCUUCCACAGCACUAGUCGCCAACAUUUGUAAGAGAGUAACAGAUAGACUGUCAGAAGCAAUAGUAAGGCAAGAGGAUGUUAGUGUUCAACUGGAGGCGCUAGAUAUCUUGGGUGACCUCUUGGCGCGAUUUGGCUCUCUCCUCGUCUCUUUCCAUCCUAAUAUUCUCGACGCACUUCUGCCACAGUUAGCGUCUCCACGUCUAGCUGUCCGAAAGCGCACCAUCGUUGCCCUUAGUCACUUAGUUGUUUCAUGUUCUCCGCAAAUUUAUGCCAGACUUAUGGAUUUCUUAAUUGAGGAACUAGCUAAGAAUACUUCCAUGUCUACAACAAGAACUUACAUUCAGUGUAUAGCUGCAAUCAGUCGGCAGGCUGGCCACAGAUUUGGUGAAUACCUGGAGCGCGUCAUGCCCCUUAUUGUUCAGUAUGUGGCCGUUGAUGAUGAUGAACUUAGGGAAUACUGCAUCUCUGCAUGUGAAGCCUUCACCUUGCGCUGCCCUAAGGAAAUUACACAUCAUUUACCCACGAUUGUUGAAAUGUGCCUGAAGUAUAUCACUCAUGAUCCUAAUUAUAAUUAUGAUGAUUAUGAAGACGAUGAAGGACAGAUGGAUAUGGACGAAGAUGAUGACGGGGAAGAAGACGACGAAUAUUCAGAUGAUGAUGACAUGUCUUGGAAGGUACGACGUUCAUCUGCCAAAUGUCUUGAAGCUGUGAUUUCAACCAGGCAUGAAAUGCUGAUAGAGUUCUACAAAACUGUUUCACCACAAUUAAUUCAGAGAUUCAAAGAGCGGGAAGAGAAUGUCAAGGUUGACAUUUUCCACGCAUACAUGGCUCUCCUGCGUCAAACGCGGCCAUCUCUCAGUCUCAGCCUUGAUCCUGAUGCCAUGGAACAAGAGGAAGGAACCAUUUCUAUGCUAAAGCAGCAGGUCCCAGCUUUGGUGAAAGCUGUGCACCGACAGAUGAAGGAGAAGAGUAUCAAAACCCGACAGGGCUGCUUUGCACUGCUAACAGAACUAGUUCAAGUAUACCCUGGAGCCCUCACCCACCACAUUCCUGCACUUAUUCCUGGAAUUCAGUUCUCUCUCGGAGACAAAAAUAGCAGCAGUAACAUGAAGAUUGACACCUUGGCAUUCGUACACUGCCUGCUGGUGCAUCACAGUGGAGAAGUGUUCCAUCCCCACAUUGGUGAACUCCUUCCCCCAGUUGUGACUUGUGUAGCGGAUCCCUUCUAUAAGAUCACAGCAGAGGCACUGCUUGUCUUACAACAGAUUGUGAAGGUCAUCAGGCCUCUUGAUUUAGCCUCCUGCUUUGACUUCACUCCAUAUACUGGAGACCUCUACCACUGCACACUCGCCAGACUCCGUGCUGCUGAUCUUGACCAAGAGGUUAAGGAAAGGGCCAUUGCUUGUAUGGGCCAGAUCAUUUCACAUCUUGGUGAUCAUUUGCAGGGAGAGUUGGGAACCUGCUUACCAAUCUUCUUAGACCGCCUCUGCAAUGAAAUCACACGCCUCACCACCGUCAAGGCCCUCACAAAAGUGGCUGCAUCGCCCUUGAGAAUUGACCUCCGACCCAUCCUAGGGGACGCCUUACCAGUAUUAGCUUCAUUCUUGAGGAAGAAUCAGAGAGCGCUGAAAUUAGCCACACUAACUCUCCUGGAUACUUUGGUCACGAACUAUUCCUCAGCUCUCAGUCCCCAGAUGCUGGACAAGGUUCUGAUUGAACUCCCACCACUGAUCAAUGAGUCGGACCUCCACAUCGCCCAGUUGUGCCUCACCCUCCUCACCUCCACAGCCAAGCUGCACAAGUCCUCAUUGGCUAAUUUCCUUGAGGUUAUUAUGCCAGAUGUCAUGGCUCUGGUCAGAUCACCACUCUUGCAAGGUGGAGCACUUAAAGCUAUGCAGGACCUCUUUGAGGCUGUUGUCCGUGCCGGACUCCCAGGAGUCGAUUAUCAAGACAUUCUCAACCAUCUCCUCACUCCACUGGUCUCACCUCAGGCAGCAAAUAUUCAUAAGCAGGCAUAUCACUCAAUGGCUAAGUGUGUGGCAGCUCUGACAAUGACCCAUCCUGGUGAAGCUGUAGAUGUUGUCAACAGAUUCUUGAUGGAUGUGACCAAUCCACGAUCACCAACAGUCCAGUCCUUCUCUCUCCUUGCUAUUGGAGAAAUCGGAAAGCACAUUGACCUCAGCAGUAUUCCUCAACUCAAGGAUGCUGUGGUGGCAUCCUUUAGCUCACCAUCUGAGGAAGUCAAGUCCGCUGCCUCCUAUGCUUUGGGUCACCUCAGCUGUGGAAAUCUACAAGAGUAUCUUCCAUUUGUUCUCUCUGAGAUUGAGGCCAACCCGAAGAGACAGUAUCUCCUCCUACAUUCCCUUAAGGAAAUCAUCAGUCUACAGAGUAAGAGUGCAGAGGGUGUCAAGGUGUUGCAAGGCUUUGUCAAUGACAUAUGGGCACAGCUCUUCAGACACACAGAGUGUGUAGAAGAGGGAACGCGUAAUGUUGUCGCCGAGUGCUUGGGAAAACUUACCCUCAUCAACCCAUCUGCUCUUCUGCCCAAGCUGCAAGAAUCCCUGAAGACUGACUCACCUAUGAUGAGAACAACCAUUGUUACAGCCAUUAAGUUCACCAUUUCAGAUCAGCCCACAGCCAUUGACAGCCUGCUUCGCCAUUGCAUUGGUGACUUCCUGUCAACACUACAGGACCCAGAUCUAAAUGUCCGUCGUGUAGCCUUAGUUGCAUUCAAUUCUGCAGCACACAACAAACCUUCUCUUGUUCGAGAUCUUCUUGACACCAUUCUCCCACAGCUCUACAAUGAGACGAAAGUUAGGAAAGAACUUAUACGUGAAGUCGAAAUGGGACCUUUCAAACACACAGUUGAUGAUGGUUUAGACAUCAGGAAGGCUGCAUUUGAAUGUAUGUACACGCUCCUGGAGACAUGCUUGGAUCGCAUCGACAUUUACGUAUUCUUGGAACAUGUGGAAGGAGGUCUACGUGACCAUUAUGAUAUAAAGAUGCUGACCUAUCUCAUGCUUACAAGGCUAGCCCAUCUUUGUCCCCAGGCUGUCUUACAAAGACUUGAACGAUUAGUCGAACCACUGCGCACAACAGUAACCACAAGGGUCAAAGCCAAUUCAGUGAAGCAAGAGUACGAGAAGCAGGAUGAGCUGAAGCGAUCGGCCAUGAGAGCUGUGGCCGCCCUUCUCACAAUCCCAGAUGCCGACAAGAACCCACAGUUAUCAGAUUUCGUUGCUCACAUCAAGUCCACACCCGAAUUGCAGUCGUUAUUUGAGUCAAUUCAGCGAGACGCAUGCCCUACACACGAUGCCAUGAUGGAUUUAAGCUGAAUAAAACUAAUGUGUGCAUAAGGGGCUGUUCAUGAUGGAUCAAAAUCAGCAUAGGUUUUUAACUAUACAUACAAAGCCACUUGAAUGCAAUAUGAAGAGCUAUAUUCCAUUCAACUCUUGAAACCUCUGUACAAGUUGAAUGAGACAACUUGUAUGCAUGCAGUAUGGUGUGUCAUUCAUAAUGAAUCCUGACUGAAAUGAGACAAAACUAAAAGCAAAAAAUUAAAAAAAAAAAUUAAAAAAAAAGAGAGAGAGUUAAAAGAUGAAAUUGUAUGUAUAACUAGUUGUGGAUCCACACUGAAUGGGAUGUGUAAAGUUUUGUUUAUCAAGCAAGAAGGAAUCUAAUGCAGCUUUGCUGGUGAUUCUUUUAUAGUGAUAAUAUAAUCUGAGGUGAUUUAGGUUCAUCUGUCAGAUUUUUUUUUCUUCAUCCUCUCAGUAAUUCUUCUUUAUUUUGUGUUGAAACCAGCCUUGUUGGCAAUUUACUCAGUAUUUAAUACCAUCUGCUUGUAUCUUUCUUUUUCUCUUCCUUUUUUAACUUAAAAUCAGAUGGGAUUUAGCAGUUCACUCGGUUCUGUUUGAUAUGAUAUGUUGAGCUCUCAGAAUGUUUUCACAUUUUUAGCCCAGUGACGCGGUUCAAAGUCCAAAAGGGUGCGGCUUGUGUCUGUUAGAAAACAGGACAGUGUGUUUUGUGAAGGCUUGAGAUCUUCUGUGAUUUGUUACAUUUUGUGUCGUUUUUUUCCUAUUCUUUUUUAUAUUUGGAAAGCAAAUGGUUCCAUGGCUAUUGGAUAGAAGUGUGAAAAGGAAGGAAAGAAAAAAAAAAAGAAGAUAUUUAAUGAAUUAAACCUGUGAUGAGGCAUUUCCCAGCUUGCUGUGCUCUAGGAUGUCUGUAGAAUUUCCUUUUGUAUGUUCAUUUUGUUUUUUCUCUUUAUUAUAUUAUGGUGACUUUUGUUUUGUCUUGUAUUUUUAAAGAUUUAUGUAUUUAAUUUUUUCAUUAAAAAAGGAGAAAAACCUGUAUUCAGUGUCAGCCUGUAUUUGAUAAGGACUUAGGAAUGUGCAUCUGAUUACAAACCUCUAAAAGAAAAAGGUUGCUUUGAAAAGAAAUUAUUUUAGCCCAUUUCUCUCCCAUCUUGAGGCAAGCACACCGUAAAACAUGGCACAGUGCAGCGUGCUUUAUUCCAAACUGACAUGAAAAGACGCUUCUAGAGCACAGUAUAUAAUGACUAAAAGUGCAGAUAGCUCCUGUGAAAAUUUUGCUUCUGGGUUCGGACAGUAGGAAGAGGUUUGUAAUCAGACGCACAUUUUCUAGGCGUAGUGAAAGUCAUUCACUUUGGAGGUUCCUUUGCAAUGUCCAAAAGUGUUGCUUCCCAAAUUAUGAUUAUUAUUAUUUUUUUUUUUCUUUUUCUUUUUUUACUUUUUCAUCACUUCAUUGACAAUCAGGACUGACUCUUGGGCAUUACUGCAGCUAGUAAAAAAAGAAAAAAAAAGGUCUUUUUUUGAUUUUCGGAUAGUCAAAUGCUCACAGUUUUAUGUUUGUUUUUUUUUUUAGUUUUUUUGUUUUUGUGUUUUAUAUAAAAAAAAUAAGUUUCUGUGGCCCUUAGAGUUUACAGCAUGCUAUAUUGUAUUUGGUAUACUACUUCAGUCCUUGAUUUUGUCAUGAUAAUAUUCAUAUUUUUUAAAUCAUCACAAUUAAUACUGUAGUUAUUUUGGCUGUAUGUUUUUUGUUUUUUUUAAAUUUAUUUUUCUUAACCCAUAAAUUAUCUUUUCUGCAGACCCACAAUUUCCAACCAGCUUCUCUGUUUCAUGUUGGUAAUCGGUCUGUUUAUAUCUAGAUUUAUUACUUGUAAUAUAGUAUGAACUUUCAAAGUGUAUUUUUUUCAUUAUUCUCCACCGCAAACAAAAGAGCAGAGGAAAGCUUAUUAUUGACUGUGAUGUAGAGAAAAAUGUUUGAAUAUCACUAAAUUUGCUACUGUGUGAAUAUACUCCAUCGAUUUCCUCACGUUGACAGUGAAAAUUGUAAUUUACUUUUUUAUGCUUUUGAUUUUAGAUUCAAAUUUUAUAGUGUUUUGCCUAUACCUUAUUUUAUAUAUAUAUUGGAACUGCAAUUUAUUUUUGAAAGCUCAGUACUGUAAAAGUAAAAAGAAAAAAAGUUCA